AUGGAUUCCCAAAAAGAUCUACUUGACGGCUCUCACAUGGACAGUACCCGUGUGGAAAAAAUAGAUAGGAAAGUAUUAGUUACUGUAUGCUACAUGGAUUACACGAAAUCCUUUGAUUCUGCUUCUUCAAAUCUGCUUUUUGCCGUCUUUUUGCUUAACACUCAGCAAAUUCUGAUCAAUAAAUCCUUUUCCUCUUCCUAUCAAACAAGCAGUGGUGUUCCUCAAGGAACCUGCUUGGAGCAUUCCUAUUUCCCACUUUGUAUAAACGAUUUACCAUUACGUUUACCCAAUAAUAUCUUCUGUUCCAUCUAUGCCGAUGAUACCAAAUUCUCCUGCUACAAUGCACCCAAAUUGAUGCAAAAGACUUUAAAUGCGGUGAAGGAUUGUUCAGCGAAAUGGGAGCUAGAUAUCUCGGUAGAAAAUAUACGAGUUAUGUUUGAUGGAGCGAAACAUCCCCGAUUUCACGACUUUUACUUGAAAACCACCAAGUUCGCGUGUGAAACCUCACUAAAGAUUUCGGUGUCACCUAUUCUGAUAACCACAACUUCGACUAUUAUAUAG